AGGACGAAAAACCAGUCCGUCGACCAGGGAAAGAAAAAAGCGCAAAAGAAAAAGAAAUAAAAACAGAGAGAAACAGGCCGAUAGCCCCCAGCUAUCACAAACAGUUAGACCAAUCCAUCCAGACAGGGAAGAAACCCUUGGUAGGGGAAACACCGAGAAUGGAUUAUCAAAGUCACUACGAUCACAUGUAUCGUUGCAUGAAAGCGGGAGGGGCUUCAAAGGAAGAAGCGCACAUGGGCGCCAAAGCCGCAGCAAAACAGAUAGUGAAAUCAAUGAACGAAAUUAAGGAAGAGCAAAAAGAAAAAACAAGCGAGAAAUCUUGCCCAAUAGAUACAAGUCAAAGCUAUUAUUUAAGCCAAAAGCUAUUGUUAAAUCAACAACAACAGACGGUCUCCCUCUUGGCUCAAGUACCAGCCUUUAAUGGAUUAGGUUCGACGAAAUUUGAGGACUGGAUCAAACAUUUUGAUGCAGUAAUGAAUACUUCAGAGUUUGAAGAGGGAAGGAAAAUAAAGUUGCUCUGCUCUAAACUUUUUGGUUCAGCGACCGACUGCGUAACGACUUUUCAGUUACGCUAUCCAAAAGAGGCGCAGGAGUUCUCAAAAAUAAAGCAAUGCUUACAAGACCGGUAUCAUGGAGGAGAUAGUAGAAAAAUUUACUUGACCGAAUACAACAAUUGUAUAGGAAACCCUGGAGAAUCAAUUAGGGAUUACGCGUGUCGCAUACAAAAACUUUUUUCAUUUGCUUACCCAACAAGGGAGGGGAAAUUGGUAGACCUCGAAAUGAGAGAACAGCUGAUAAUGGACAAAUUCUUGGGGGGACUUAAAAACAAUCUUCGAGAACGAAUGAGCUUUAAAGAAUUUAAGAAUCUAGAUAGUUUGAUAAAAGCAACGGAGAAUUGUGCGGCCGUCUUAAAUGAAGCUAAAUUAGAAAGACGAAACGUAGAAUUCAUUAAUGCUGUCGCAUCAAAUUCGAAUGCAUCUCCUUCAAGCGAAAUUCAAGGAAAAUUAGCAGAAUCAGAAGUAACGCUAAAAAAUAAUCAGCAAUUAAUGAGUGAGUUACUGCUGAAAAACCAGGAAACGGCUAAAUUAUUGAAUAAAGUCGUACAAGCACAGACCCAAACAAAUUUCCGUUCCCAAACCGGUUUUCAUCCCCAGCCCGCUUUUCAAGCCCAAGCUGGUUUCCCUACUCGAUCCAUGCCGCAAUCCCAACUAACACAGAACUGCAAUAGUCAAUUUUAACAAAACCCUCAAAGAUUUCAACAACAAAAUAAAGAAGGUCAAUUCGGACAAAAGCAACCAUCCCAAAGUGACCGAAAUAACCAAACCGGCUGGAAUCAACCAGGUCCAAAAUAUUGUGCAUAUUGCAAAACCAAUACGCAUCUAACAGCGAUGUGUAGUUGGGGCCCAGGGGGUCCUAGAUGUUUUAAAUGCAAACAGAAUGGACAUGUACAACGUGAAUGCCCAGACCCACAACCAAAACCUAAUCAAACAUACGGCCCUCCACUGCAAAAUAACUCAGGCCAAUUGAACCCUUUUGAACAGGGAAACU